ACAUCAACGAGAGCGGAAGAAGACAUCUGUUGUAUCUUUUAUUCACCAAAUAUCUAAAAAGAUGUCUGACGCUGGAGAUGAAAUUCAAGUCGAAGCCCCCGCUGCCGAGGUCGAGGUGACUACUGAGGCCCCCAAGGGAAAACUGUCCGUUGAGGAUGCGCUUCAGCAAGUUCUGAAGAACGCCUUGGUCCACGAUGGUCUCGCUCGUGGUCUCCGCGAGUGUGCCAAGGCCCUCGACAAGCGUCAGGCCCACCUUUGCGUCCUUGUUGAGACCUGCACGGAGGCAGAGUACAUUAAGCUCAUUGAGGCUCUCUGUGCUGAGCACAAGAUCAACCUCAUCAAGGUCGGUGACGCCAAGAUCCUCGGUACCUGGGCUGGUCUUUGCAAGAUCGACAAGGAGGGCAACCCUCGCAAGGUUGUUGGCUGCUCUUGCGUCGUCGUCAAGGACUACGGUGUCGAGUCUGAAGGCUUGCACGUCCUCUUGGACUACUUCAAGAACCGUUAGGGUGAGUCAGUCCGUUCUAGAUUGGCUGUUUUCGGUAUGGCGGCUUUUGCUUUGUUUUGUUUGUGAUGACAAAACAGACUCCCUCUACUGAGUGCGUUAAGCGUUCUGAGGACACAGUCUAUCCGGAAUCAUUAUUUUGUCUGACUCUCCGACUUGUUCGAGUAUACCCGUACAUAUGCUAAUGGCUUCAUUUCGUUCCUCUAGGUGGUCACCAUCGUUCCGGUAGUUAUGGGUCAUCGCUCAAAAGUACUAUGAUUGAUGACUACUCUAUACUCAUUGUCAAUAAAAUGAGCAUUUGCUGCGAGCGCAAUCAUGAUAUCUGAAUAGUCUGCUGAGUGUCAAUCUCCAUGAAAUAUGGGAGAAACAGGAAAGUACAUUGUGGUUUCCCAUUCACUCGUC